GGCGCGGGCUCGGGUUUCCACUGGCGGCGCUGGGAUUCCGGGCUGCGCUGCUCCAGCUGGAGCUCCAGCUCCCGUUUCCGCGCCGCAGCGCAGCAUCUCUGGGCGCCUCAGUCGGAAGGGUACUCUCGGGGAAAUGCCGGUCACUAGGCUGCUGCGGCAGGUCGCGGGCCAGAUGUUGGGGAGCCCAGCCUGUGGCUGCUGGACAGCUACCCCGCUGCUCCAGUUUCUGGGCACCUCCCCUCGGCAGAUUCCAGCAGACGCCAGCUUCCACUCUGCCUCUUUCUCUGGAACAGACCAGCCACGCGUCCUAAUUACAGGAGGUCUUGGCCAGCUUGGAGUGGGGCUUGCUAACCUUUUGAGGAAACGAUUUGAGAAGGACAAUGUGAUUUUGUCUGACAUAAGGAAACCCCCUGAUCACAUCUUCCACAGUGGCCCGUUUAUUUAUUCCGACAUUCUGGAUUACAAAAAUCUUCGGGAGAUCGUGGUAAACAACCGCAUCACCUGGUUGUUUCAUUAUAGUGCUUUGCUCAGUGCGGUUGGGGAAGCAAACGUAUCCUUGGCCAGAGCCGUAAAUAUCACUGGAUUGCAUAACGUCCUGGAUGUCGCAGCAGAGCACAACUUGCGAUUGUUUGUGCCUAGCACAAUUGGAGCUUUUGGACCUACUUCUCCCCGGAAUCCAACUCCCGAUCUCUGUGUUCAGAGGCCCAGGACGAUCUACGGGGUGUCCAAGGUCCACGCCGAGCUUAUGGGAGAAUAUUAUCAUCACCGGUACGGGUUAGAUUUCCGGUGCUUGAGAUAUCCUGGAAUCAUUUCGGCGGACUCCCAGCCUGGUGGAGGAACAACUGACUAUGCGGUCCAGAUCUUCCACGACGCCCUGAAGAAUGGCAAAUUUGAGUGCAACCUGAAACCCAGCACAAGGCUCCCAAUGAUGUAUAUUGAUGACUGCCUCAGGGCCACUCUGGAAGUCAUGGAGGCCCCAGCAGAGUCCCUCUCCAUGAGGACCUACAACAUCAAUGCCAUGAGCUUCACCCCUGAGGACCUGGCCCAGGAGGUUCUCAAGCACAUACCAGAAUUCCAGAUCACGUACAACGUGGAUUCUGUACGACAGGCCAUAGCGGAUAGUUGGCCGAUGAACUUUGAUGACAGCAAUGCUCGGAAGGACUGGGGUUGGAAACACGACUUUGAUCUUCCAGAGCUGGUGACGACGAUGUUGAACUUCCACGGUUCUGAUACUAGAGUUGCCCAGGCUAACUGAGGGAAUCAGAAGGGAGAGCUCAUGUGUCCCGGACCGCUGUCAAGGGAAAACCUUAACGACCCUGAGGAACCUAAAUUAUCUGGAAUGGAAGGAUGAAUUGGAUGCGAUGUUGGCAGCUCAUAUUGAACUGCCAGGUUGGAGAAUCAUGUUGGCUUUUGGCAUUUUCAAGAUGCUGUAGGUUUGGUGGUAGGAUUUCUAAACCUUUGCUGUUUGCCUAAACUUGCCCAAACACACAUAUCACAGAAUGAAGACUUCAGUCAGAAUAGUUGCCAUUUCCUUAAUUUAGAUGAAUUGACCAUUUGGGGGAAGGUGGACGUAUGUGAUGUUUGUCAUGAAUUAAAUUUAAUUUAAAUAUCA